GGAAAGCGGCUUUACUCCGCCCUCUUGAUUUCCAUGCAGGGAGGGGAGGCGCCAAGGCUUUCGCGCCAAAAGCCACUUGCUUUUCUUCUUUGCAGAGAGGAGGCUGCAAAGCUGGGAAGCCCGGGCUGUGCUCCUCCCGCCCUUUUAGACCCCCGGGCUUGCACCCGGUGCACUCCGCGAACCAGCUGCGCGUCGAGCGGUGCAAUGCGGCACCCACCCUGCAGGCCUGGCAAUUGCUUGGCAUUAAAAAAAAAUUUCCGGAGGGCUCCGGGGGAGUGUGUUGAGGGGGGUGGGGGUACGGAGGCUCCUAACCCAGCCCCCGCCUUGACUGCGUUGUUUGCAGCUGUGCGCCAGGCCAACGUGGAGCAAAGCCUUGCGGAGCGGUUGCUGGUUGAUCUCAAAGGGACGCUAGAACAUGGGUGCAAAACGGGAGGAAGAGGACGUGCCUGUUUGGAAACGAGACAGCAGGAUGUUUCCAGUUUUAAAUUGAAAGGAGAGGGGCGCCCCCCCUGUUUGAAAAUAAAUAAAUAACUGUUGGCUACGA